CUUAAGAAGGGCUUCAUGACAGUCACCCUUCCACUGAGACCAUUUUAGGACAGUAAAUGGAUCCAUUGAUGGGUCAGAUGAAUCUCUCAGGUCCUGGGUCAGGGCUGUAUUUACUGUAUUCACAUUCACUGAUAAUGAGUCAGGUCUUCAGCAGCCACAUGGAGUCUUCGCUCACCAACGGAUUCAGAGCUGAUUUAAAUAGACAUUAUCCCUGCAGUUAUGGAGGAACCAUACCUGCGAGUAUCAGCAAUCAACAUUGUUAUAACAGUGUUGGCAGAAAGAAAAGUAAUGUUCAACUUAAUGACCAAGUCAUGCCAAAACCAACUGACAUAAACAUAGCGGAGAAAAUGAUAAAGGCUGCCAUUCCCAAAGAGCAUCCCUAUUCAUCGCACAUCUCUCAUUUUGCAAUGUUCCCAUCCUUCCGCUCACCAGAUGACCCAGAUACAGGAGUCAGAGCUGCUUCUCAAUCUUUCCUUAACCUCAGCAUCCCAAAUAGUGCACCUGAUAUCACUCUGCUAAGAAAAACUAAAGGUGGUCCAUAUAGACAUGAGAUCUUAGAAACACCACUGAAAACCAGGAAGAAGGCUCUUAUGUGGACAGGAGAACAUGGCUUCUUCGAUCAUGCAAAACCAGCAAAAGGAGAGAGCCAAGUUUUCUACCCCACUCCUCCAAAGAUGGUGCUGCCCAACCCGAAGCUUCGAGACUGGGAUUUGACCCUAUCAGAGCGGACAAGCAACAUCCUGAAAAACCUGGAGAAGUCCCUUUGGGUCACUUCCUACCAAAUGCACUACACAGGACUGGGGCCAGCAAAUCCUUUAAGGACAGACGAUUUCAAGGAAAAAAUGACUAACUUCACUGGGAUUCAUUCACACACUUCACUACUGCAAGAAAGGUCACAUCCUGUGUUUAUUCCCUCUAAACCAAGGCAAGGAUAUAGAAAAAGACUGGGGAGCAAUGUCAGGAGGAGCAGCUGCAGUCCUACAGCUGCUGAACUCCAAAACACAUCUCCAGCUCUAAACCAAAGCACUGCUUCGUCUGCUAUCAACCAACCACAAGAGAUCACAGCUACGCGUAAUGAGGCACCAGUUCUGAACCAAAUGGGUCAUACUCAAUCAGAGUGCAGCACUAAUUCCACAAAGGCAGAGCACACUGAGCAGUCCCAGGAGGUCUUACGCAAGCAGCAAACUCAGUGCAAAUACUCUGUGCAUAAGGGCAGAAAGAGAGAAAACCACAAAGUCCAGUUUGAUGACAGUGUCAUGCGAGGAUCCUCAUCACAGAGCAGCCAAGAGCCUCACGCUGCCCAGAUCACAAACACAGAGCGACCCUGGGACCCUUCCAACUGCCCACAUUCCCAGGGAGAAAUAGAAGCCAAUGGAGAGAAAAGCCUGAGUGUAAAGGACGUGCCAAGUAGCAAACAGCUUUUUAAAGUUGGAAGAAAUAUACCCAGCUGUAGUAGCUGGCUAUUUGAAGACAAAGACCAGACAAGCAAUGAAUCACAUACCAAGUGGUUACCGGGGGCAGAGGGCAGAGAGCAGCCUCGUGGCACCUCUAAUCCCUGCAUCACGCCACGGCCUCCUAUCCCGUCAGGCAGUGGCCCAGUGGACAGACUUUGGACUGGGGUUAAAGAAGGUGCAGCUCUCACCUUCCUGGACCUUCAAAAUUCAUUCAGCAAGUCAGAGGCCCAUCGCAACUUCAACAACUCCAUCACUCAUGCUACUGUGAACCUUCAGGACAACAUAGUCAGUGGGAGAAAGCACGACUUCUUUGGGAUUAACUGCCACUACAUCCACGGAUGACC